AUGAAGCUACCGAUCCCUAUUGGAAUCCCUCUUCUGCUACUAUUAGCUCAAUUGGUGUAUCCUGCGGCAAUUGUGGUCAAACGUACCACUGAUACCGAAAGAAACCAAUUAGUGGCUCAAGUUAACAACAUGCGUUCGCAAGUGGCAACUAAAAAGAAUAUCUCGAACAUGCACGAACUGAGUUAUGAUAUGGAUCUCGAGAGACAAGCCCAGACAAUGAAUUGCAAUUCGCCACCUACUGGUCCUUUCAUGGUCGUUUCUGUACUGUCGAAAAAAUGGCAAGCCGAAAUCAAUGCUGCUCCUUAUGCGGGUCUUUUUGGUCCACAACAAACACGAAUUGGAUGCGCGAAGCUCAAUUUGGAUUGUUCUGUUGGUGCAUGUUUGAUUGGUCCCCAAAGUAAUAUUUCGAAGAAUGACUUCACAAAAGGAGAACCCGGAUCUAACUGUCCGAAUGGAAAGGCGUCGAGUGGAUUGUGUAGAGGAGCAAGUGGAAACUUCAGAGGAGUCAGAAAGGCAAGACAGAUUGGUUGGGAAUGGUGA